CUUUCUCCCUAGGCUAGAAAUCUUGAAGCAUGGGUGACUGGAGCUUUCUGGGGCGUCUGUUGGAGAAUGCACAGGAACACUCAACAGUAAUCGGCAAGGUCUGGCUGACUGUCCUCUUCAUCUUCAGGAUCCUGGUGCUGGGAGCGGCAGCUGAGGAUGUGUGGGGCGACGAGCAGUCUGACUUCACCUGCAACACACAGCAGCCUGGGUGUGAGAACGUCUGCUAUGAUGAGGCUUUCCCCAUCUCACACAUUCGCUUCUGGGUGCUGCAGAUCAUCUUUGUGUCCACGCCCACCCUCAUCUACCUGGGUCAUGUACUGCACAUCGUCCGCAUGGAGGAGAAGCGGAAAGAGAAGGAGGAGGAGCUGCGAAAGGCCAACAGACUCCAGGAGGAGAAUGAACUCCUUUACAACGGCAAAGGGGAUGCAGGUGGAGGAAGAGGACGAGGAGGAGGAGGUGGUAAAAAGGAGAAGCCACCUAUCAGGGAUGAGCAUGGCAAGAUCCGCAUUAGAGGUGCCCUGCUACGCACCUAUGUGUUCAACAUCAUAUUCAAGACCCUUUUUGAAGUGGGGUUCAUUUUAGGUCAGUAUUUUCUCUAUGGCUUCCAGCUGAGGCCGCUAUACAAGUGUGCACGGUGGCCCUGCCCCAACACUGUGGACUGCUUCAUAUCUAGGCCCACUGAAAAGACGAUUUUCAUCAUAUUUAUGCUUGUGGUGGCUUGCUUGUCUCUUUUGCUGAAUUUGUUAGAGAUCUAUCACCUUGGGUGGAAGAAAGUUAAACAGGGAAUGGUCACCCCUGAUCAUGCAUUGCUGCCCUGCUCUGAUGGUGUGGGGCCUGAGUCCAUGACUUCAGCCUCCAGAACUGCCCUUCCCAACCUCAGCUACCCAUCGAUGUACACGGACGUGACGGCUGGGAGCGGUGCCUUCCUGCCGCCCAUGGCAGAAGCCUCCCGGCCAGAGUUCAAGAUGGACCCCCUGCAGGAGAAGCCCUCAUCCUCCUACUACAUGAGCAGCAACAACAACCACAGGCUGACCACACAGCAGAACUGGGCCAACCUGGCCACCGAGCAGCAGACUCGGGAGAUGAAGGCCACCUCCUCCUCCUCCUCCUCUCCCUCUGAUAGUGAGCAGCUGCCCCGUGAAGCUGCUCCCCCCACCACCACCACCAACCCUAGCUCCAGUGGGGGCAGUUUGAGUGGGGGGAAUGGCGAUCAGGAGGGAGGCCACAUCACCACCACAGUGGAAAUGCACGAGCCCCCCGUUAUGGUCACAGACCCUCGACGGCUCAGCAGGGCCAGCAAGAGCAGCAGCAUCAGAUCCAGGCCCAACGACCUGGCAGUAUAGUCAGUCCCCCUAAAUACACCUCCAACC